GCGAGAGAUUACUGCCAGAUGUACGGAGGUGACCUUGCAGUUAUAGACAGCAAAGACAAAGAGAAGGCAACUGUAAACCACUUACUGGAUAACAACAAAUACCGCCCAAACCCCACUAUGGGCCUCUGGAUUGGACUGAAGAAUUUCCCCAAAGAAGACACUUGGAGAUGGGUGGAUGGAAGAGCACUGGUUGAAGGGUACUGGGGUGAUGGAGAGCCAAACAGUAACAAACAAGGUGACUCUGACUGUGGAGUUGUACAUGCCAAAGAAAACUUCUUCAAGGCUUGGAACGAUGUUAGAUGUGGACAAAAACAGAAAUGGAUUUGUGAAAAAGCCCCAAAUUAUACAACUUAAC